AUGGUGAAGAUAGUGAUUGCAAAGGUGCGCUGUGGCGGACCGGUCCCCGUACAAACAGCCUCCGAGGUGAUGGAGAGGGAAGAGGGAAACGAAGAGAAGAACGAAGCACCCGCAUCGGUGGAACGUGUUAUCGAUUUGGGACUCCGAAUUGAUUAUGGACCAUUUCAGUUAUUAUCCAGGACAAAUCGGAGCGGGAUGCUUUCAUCACAAAACCUUGAUGGUUACUAUGAAAAUAUAAAUGUGAAGGACCUCCAAUCAAGAAUGCAUCAGGUGUCGACGUGGAAUUGCUGA